GUUCUGCCAUCCGUACCUUUUGAAAUAACUUCCGUUAGAAAUCUCUUGAAAUUAAUUAAUUUAUUCCGUAACAGGAGACAGGUGAUUCGAAGACAAAGCUUUUCUUCACUGAGUUUCAUCUCUCAGAAAAAAAACGACUGUGGCUAAAUGUGUGCACUCAGCCUGCAAGAGCGACACACCCCUCGAUUGCAAACUCUUCUACUUUGCAAAGCUUUGAACAUUUGGCACGCAGAAUUAAAUGGGUUGCUGCCAAAUCGAAGCAGUGGUGGAGGAUGUAGAUGGGGAAAUGAAACAUUAUCACUUUCACCUCAAACAGGGCCAAGCAGCUACAUUUGAUCCACGUUGGUAGUGCCUAAUUGCGAUUUCACUGAUUCCCAUUUAAAGUUAAUUACAAUAUAUAAUGUUACGAGUGGAGCUACUGUGAAAACUCAGUAACUGGAUAAAAGAACACUUGACAUGCCGUUCCCAGACAGUGAGUUCAGUAUUAAGCAGCUACAGGUAGUUUCAAUCGUGCCUCUCCUGAACACAAAAUGAAUGUCUCCAACCUCUACAUCCUGUUGCUCUGCCUCUCAAAGUCACCAUCAACUUACGGUGAGUGUCUGAUCAUUAACAUCAUACAUUUCAUGAUUUGAUAAAACUGUACGAGUCCAGAUUGUAAUACCGUGGUCCAUUUCUAAUUGGGAGUAAAAUACAUCAACUACUUUCACAUUUCCGUGUUAACAUUGUUGUCUAUAAUUAAAGCUGUGUCAAGAAAUUGUAUAUCAUAUAUACUGGAAGAUCAGUUGCUGCUUAAUUUUCCCCAGAGCUAAAACUUCUGAUUAGAUACAAAUAAUUGCUGUAAUUUUGGAAUAGCAAAUAAUUUAACACUCCUUCCCAUUGCUGCACAGAGUUUGUGGUGCAUUGUAAUCAGCUGAUGUAAAUGCAUCUGUAAAUGAUGUAAGAACACGAUUAAACGAUAUGAUUUGGAGAGAGACACAAAAAGCUGGAGUAACUCAGUGGGUCAGGCAGCAUCUCUGGAGAAAAGGGAAACGUUUCGGGUCGAGACCCUUCUUCGGUGUCUGUUCCUUCCUGCACAGUAUAAUUUGGAGGUUUGUUUCAACUCUAGGGCAGUCGCGCAUUGUUGGUGGGUACUCAGUGUUGCCUCAUUCCAUCAGAUACCAAGUGUCUCUGAAGAGACCAGGAGGAGUUCACUAUUGUGGAGGGUCUUUGAUCCACCGAAGAUGGGUUCUCACAGCUGCACACUGCAAAGCUGGAGGCGCUGAAUCUAUACAGAUAAUUGCAGGGGACCACUCAUUAAGCAGAUAUGAAGGGACCGAACAAAUGUUUUACCCAACUAAGAUGAUUCCCUAUCCUCAUUACAACCCAGAGAGCAAAGAUUCUGACAUCAUGUUGAUUAAGCUCUCACGACCUGCCAGACUGAACUAUUUUGUGGGUAUCGUGCCCCUACCCCUUCGAAGCUCGCCGCUGAAAGCAGACACGUUAUGCCGAGUGUCAGGAUGGGGUUACAUCAAUCCUAACGGGAAUGUGGUGCCAAGGAAGUUGAGGGCAGUGCGAGUGCCCAUCGUGCCCAAUGCACGGUGUAACCAGCUUGGCUCCUACAAUGGCAACAUCACCAAGAACAUGAUCUGUGCUGGGUUCCGAGCAGGCGGCAAAGAUUCCUGCCAGGGAGAUUCCGGUGGCCCUUUGGUUUGUAAAGGCAGAAUAUAUGGAAUAGUAUCGUGGGGCAAGCUCUGUGGAGACGGUAGUUAUCCUGGGGUAUACACAGCCGUGGCAAGGUUCCGCAACUGGAUCAUUAGAAACAUCAACCGAUCAUAAGGCAAUUUUCUCCUCCUGAUCAUUUUGUUAACUUUUUCGCAGUUUUAUCCAGCCAAAGCAUUUACAAAAUCAAACUGGUGAAGUUUAAUUGCACAACUUGAUAGUACAAGUUUAUCAUAGAUCAAUUCAACUUGCAUGGAGCCAAUUCAGGCGUUUGGAGGCGAGACUGAUGGAGACACUCAAGAUGUUAGAGUUUUCCUUGAGGCUGAAAUAGUUGGAAAACUUUAAUCCAAAUUAUGUUUGGCGGUACCAACUAAAGUACCAUAAUUCUGAAAAUGUGCGUUGGUUGGGCUCAAAGCAGACUUCAAUUAAAUUUAACUGAAAGUAGAACAUUUACAUUUGACUGAGAAAGUUAACCAACUGUCUUAAGAUUGUCUAAUGUAUAGCUUAAUGUUUAAUUUCAGGCUGACUUUCUUAAUGAAAAUAAACUUGCUGUUACUUGUGAAUUUGAUAGAAACUUUUCAUUUAUUUCAAGUUCUACACAAAGUAGUGUUCACCUUUACUAGUUUGUUGUGUUGCUGGAUCUACAGUAUGUAAAUCAAAUAUUCUCUGUAAUGACAGCUAUUUCAUAUUAAAAUG